UCAAAUAACAUUUCUCCUAGCAAUGAUCUCAAUAUUUGCUCCUCUCAUGGCUGUGUUAGCCAUACUAACACAUACCACAUACGCUCAAAACUCACCACAAGACUUUCUCAACGCUCACAACCGAGCACGUUCCGAGGUAGGUGUCGGUCCAAUAACAUGGGAUGCAAACGUUGCAUCUUUCGCAAAAAACUAUCUGAACCAACUUAAAGGAAAUUGCCAAUUAGUGCACUCUGGAGGCCAAUACGGAGAGAAUCUAGCUUGGGGCAGUCCUGACCUUACAGGAACAGCUGCGGUCGAUAUGUGGAUCGACGAGAUACAAAACUAUGACUAUAAUUCGAACUCUUGUUUCAAUGGUGAGUGCUUGCAUUAUACGCAAGUCGUUUGGCGCGAUUCGGUUCGGCUUGGUUGUGCUAGGGUGAGGUGUAGCAAUGGUCGUAGCACUAUUGUUAGCUGUAACUAUGAUCCACCGGGGAACUUUAUUGGUGAGUGGCCUUUUGAGAAUAGUCCUUUUGAAAUACCAUUGAGCUUCAAGAAACAUGAUGGCAAGUGAUUGAAGAUGUUCAAUAUAUACCAUUGAACAGUCCAUGUUAUUAUGAGUGUGAAAAAUAAAUGGCAAAUUUGUAUGUUUUCAUAUGUAAUUUUGUGGCUUUUCUUGUUGUUUUGCAUGUUUUUGUUUUAUGUUUGGUGGGUUAUUGUAUAAUUGUAAUUUUAAUGUCAAUUCUUGUACACCUAGUGGGGAAUUGAUUGUUUAUAAUAUAUUUGGUUGAUAAAGUAAAGAUAUAUAUUGUAACAUGCAUAUGCCAGCAUUUGCAGUAUCAAUAAUAUGCCCUAAAUAUUGUCAA